AAACGUAGCCAGUCGACAAUAAACAUUUCGGCGUCCGAGAGAAAAAAAAAUGUGCGUGAAAACAAAAGGUUUUCCCUUUACAUAUAAAAUCCCACUAUGUCAACCAACAACUCCAAUUAUUCCAGUGAGACUUACCACCGAGCUUCAACCAAGCACAGUACUUGCAGCAAGUUCGAGCAAACUUGAGGCACUAUUAGCAAUUGAUCAAUCAUCAUCUGGCGAUCAUAGCAUCAUGGAUAGUUUCAAGAUAGAGUCUCAAGCAUGGUUGGAAUACUAUAGGGGUUGGAACGACGAAAAACUUGACGAAGAGGAAAGAGUAUUAGACCGAUAUUUACAAGAUGUCUUCUAUCAAGAUGAUAUUAGUGAGGAUGAUAUCAUUCAAAUAGAAAUUUAUAACGAACGCAAAAUAUUAGAAGAACAUAAAAUGUUAUUACAAGAGGGGGAGAAAAGGCUAGAAAAAUGUGAGAAAGAAUUAUAUACACAUUAUAAAUUUAUAUCUGAGCACACUGAGCUAUCCAAAGUAUUGGAUAUACAUAAUAUUACCACCAAAGAAAUAGAAGAAUUGGCUAGAAGAUUUACCGAAGAAGAAUUAGAAGAAUGGGCUAAUAGAAGAAUUAUAGAAGAAGAAAAAAUAGAAUUACAAACAGAUGAAAAAUGGAUAAAAAAAAUUAAAGAAUUAAAUUCUUUACGAUACAAAAGUGUAUUUUUGCGUGCUGUUAUCAUGAGAAGAUGGGAUGAGAUCAGAAGUAGGGAGAUGGACUUAAACCAGCUUUUUAUUGAGACGAAUCAAUGAAAUGCUAUAUUUAAGAUGAAAAAGAAAAACGUAAGUACAAAAUGCAUGGAAAUUUAAAACUAUAUUUACCAAUUUGAACAAUUAAAAGAUUAUCAAAAAUAAUUAUACACUUUAGAUAUACAAUUAGCGUCUUCUACUAAUGAUCUCAAUAAAAAAAUAUUAGCGUAUAAUAAAGAGGUUUUUAUGCAUAUUGAUAGUGAUGUUCGCGUUAAUUUCGAUGAAUUAAAGCUUCCGGAAAAAGAUUUGUUGAAUCCGUAGAUGAUGGAGAUAAUAAAAGAUAAAAUCGCUUUAAUAAAGAUAUUCAACGAAACAUUGCUAGAGCAAUACAAUGAAACAAAGUCUUUUAUUCAUUCUGAAACCACGAAAUUGGAGAAACUGCAAGAAAAAAUUAAAUUGUUGCAAGAUGAAAUCAAAUUGAAGCAAGAUACGUCUCAUAUCGAUAAGAUGAAGGCAGAUGCGGAGAAGGAAAAAACCAAACUAAUAAAACAGAUCGGAGACUAGAGAAACGAAAUUAAAGAAAUGCAGGAUGCGAUGCCAGAUUUAGAAGCCGUAGACUUCAAAAUAGAAGAGGCGCAAGACAAAUUAAAUGCAGUUAUGAGAAGAAAAACAUUUUUAGGAGAAACUGCCAAAAAAUUUUUCGAAAAAUCUUUUGACAGCUUCUUCUAAAAAUGUCUUUCUUCUCAUAAUUGUAUACAAUGAUCGGCGAACAGAGAAAUGACCUUUAUGAUAUUUUAACAAAAGAAUGAAAUCGAAUUACAUAUCUGUAUAUAAAUAUUUUUAUAAUUA